AUGGAGUUCGAAACGUUGUCCAAGGAGGGCGGGUACCGCGUGUGCAUCGACAUGGCGUUCGACGACCUCAUGCUGGAGAAGGCGCAAGCUAGCUUAGUGCAGCAGGUCCUUUACGCAUACGGCACGAAUCGGAAGGCUGCUCAGCCGUGUCGUGUGACGUUGAGCGGGAUGGGACCGAUCAUGACCGCGAAGGUGAACAAGCUGCAAGGUUUCGACACGUGGCUUGGGAUGACCACUGACUCGCGCUGUUACACCGAGAUCUUCGACAAAGAGGAGCUGAUAUACCUUAGCGCCGAUUCGCCAGCCACCAUCACCCAUUUAGAAAAGGGCAAGGUGUACAUCGUGGGGGGUCUGGUCGACAGGAACGCGCACAAGGGACUGUGCUACGAGAAAGCCAAGAAACAAGAGAUCGUGACGGGCAGGCUCCCUCUCAAGAAGGAAGACUUGUAUGGAGCCCACAGCAAGGUCCUAGCAACAAACCACGUGUUCGACAUCCUAGUCCGGGCGAUGGGAAACGGGGGCGACCUUGAGAAAGUUGAGAAGAAGGCCUUACCUCCCCGCAAGCGUGCGAACUGGACUGGCGGUGAUGACCGAGGCCCAUCCAGCAUGCCUAUCCGCAAACAGAAAUCGGAGAAACCCGACGAAACAUCUGCGGAAUCCGACCGCAACAGUCCGGAGUUGGGAGUAGCGGGAAAGGAGGGAGAACGGGCAGCAGGGGCGGACCCUGGUGGUGAGAGUAAGGAGGGGUCGACAACAGCGGGAGAUAACAACGAGAAGAGCGGGGAGGGGGGCGAGAAGGUGGACGCGGGAGUUGAAGAGGAGAAGAUUGAAACCGGGGUGAAACGGGUGCUAGACGACGGGUGUAGGGAGGAGACAUCCUCCUCUGGUCUGGACGCUAAGCGCAGGAAUUCGCAGUCCGCAGGUCCAGAGUGAAUGCCGGUGACUCGACGGAGGAAGCCAGAGGAGAGUUUAACGGAAUAACAGGGGGAGUGGGAGGGGUGAGGA